CUCCCCCCCAGCGGCCUGGUGGCACCUGGGAGGUGUCCGUCGUCGAUUCCGCAGACACUGAGCACCCACUGUGUGCCCAGCCCUCCCCAGGCGGCGCGCGACGGCUGCUCUCCCAUUUGUCCUGCCAGGCUGGCGCUGUGCUCAGCCCGGUUUAGACAUGAUGUUUGUCCGCACUGCAAACCUUGUGGGGUAGCUACUGUGGUAGUUAUUAUUUGGUAGAAAAGAAAAGCUGGCGGCCCAGCGAAGUUAACUUGGCUGAGAAAUCUCGGAGAGAAAGCGUGGGAAGACAGUGCUCACACAGUUCAAACGGCUGUGGUGAGGAAAGCAGACAGAUUUCUCCAUGGACAAUGGCAGCUACAAUUCAGGCCAUGGAGAGGAAGAUUGAAUCACAGGCUGCUCGACUGCUUUCUCUAGAAGGCCGAACUGGGAUGGCGGAGAAGAAGCUGGCUGACUGUGAGAAGACAGCUGUGGAGUUCAGCAACCAGCUGGAGGGCAAGUGGGCCGUGCUGGGGACCCUGCUGCAGGAGUACGGGCUGCUGCAGCGGCGGCUGGAGAACGUGGAGAAUCUGCUGCGCAACAGGAACUUCUGGAUUCUGCGGCUGCCCCCUGGCAGCAAGGGCGAGGUCCCCAAGGAGUGGGGCAAGCUGGAGGACUGGCAGAAGGAGCUCUACAAGCACGUGAUGAGGGGCAACUAUGAGACGCUGGUCUCCCUGGACUAUGCCAUCUCCAAACCCGAGGUCCUCUCCCAGAUUGAACAAGGCAAGGAGCCAUGCACUUGGCGUCGCACCGGCCCCAAGGUCCCAGAGGUUCCUGUGGACCCAAGUCCAGGUGAAAGGUUGGGAAAAGGCUCCGGAGCCCCAGUUCCUGCCCCUGACCUCUUGAUGCAGAUCAAGCAGGAGGGGGAGCUCCAGCUGCAAGAGCAACAGGGUCUAGGUGUGGAAGCCUGGGCAGCUGGACAGCCAGAUAUUGGGGAAGAGCCCUGGGGCCUCAGCCAGUUGGACUCUGGGGCAGGAGACAUCUCCACGGAUGCUAACUCUGGUGUCCAUUCCAACUUUUCGACCACCAUCCCGCCCACUUCCUGGCAAGCAGAUCUCCCUCCCCACCACCCGUCUUCAGCAUGCUCAGAUGGGACCCUGAAGCUCAGCACAGCAGCAUCCACAGAAGCAGACGUAAAAAUUGUUAUCAAAACAGAAGUCCAGGAAGAGGAAGUGGUGGCCACACCUGUGCAUCCCACCGACCUGGAGGCUCAUGGAACUUUGUUUGCACCAGGCCAAGCCGCAAGGUUCUUCCCCAGCCCCAUCCAGGAAGGAGCCUGGGAAAGCCAAGGCAGCUCCUUCCCCAGCCAGGACCCGGUGCUGGGCCUCCGGGAGCCCACGCGACCAGAGAGGGACAUUGGUGAGCUCAGUCCUGCCAUAGCACAGGAGGAGGCCCCAGCCGGGGAUUGGCUCUUCGGUGGCGUCAGGUGGGGCUGGAAUUUCCGGUGUAAACCUCCAGUGGGCCUGAACCCGAGGACGGUGGCCGAGGGGCUCCCUUUUUCCUCUCCGGAUAGUGGCGAUACCAUCUUAGACCCCAGCCAGGCCCCAAGACCCUUCAACGAUCCCUGCAAAUACCCGGGCCGGACCAAAGGCUUUGGCCACAAACCGGGGCAGAAGAAGCACCCGGCAGCGCCUCCCGGAGGCCGGCCCUUCACCUGUGCCACGUGCGGAAAGAGCUUCCAGCUGCAGGUGAGCCUGAGUGCGCAUCAGCGCAGCUGUGGACUGUCCGACGGGGCGGGCACUGGGGCCGCCUCCACCACUACUGGAGGCGGCGGCGGUGGCAGUGGAGGUGGGGGCAGCGCACGGGACAGCAGCGCCCUGCGGUGCGGGGAGUGUGGCCGCUGCUUCACACGCCCUGCACACCUCAUCCGCCACCGCAUGCUGCACACUGGUGAGCGGCCCUUCCCCUGCACCGAGUGUGAGAAGCGCUUCACAGAGCGCUCCAAGCUCAUCGACCACUACCGAACACACACGGGCGUGCGGCCCUUCACCUGCACGGUGUGUGGCAAGAGCUUCAUCCGCAAGGACCACCUCCGCAAGCACCAGCGCAACCACCCCGCGGUGGCCAAGGCACCCACUCACGGGCAGCCGCUCCCACCACUGCCAGCUCCUCCCGACCCCUUCAAGAGCCCCGCAGCCAAAGGACCCAUGGCCUCCACAGACCUUGUGACUGACUGGACUUGUGGCCUAAGUGUCCUGGGACCCACUGAUGGUAGUGGGGACCUGUGAGGACCCCCAACCCUCCUGUGGCCCCUGCAGGCCACACAUGUACAAAGCCCCGUGUGCAGACAUCAGGGUGGCCUGAAAGCUCAGAAGCAAAGGGAGACUUGGCAGAGAACCAAAUUUCCAUGUUGCUGAACUGAUCACUGGAAAGAAACUAUCAAUGCAGCCUCCACCUUAAAGAGUGUAGGAUUCCGACUGUGAGACUGAACACCGUAGUAGGAUCUUAAGUAAUUUAAUUACAAACCCUUUUUUAUUGGUUUUUUUCUUUAAUUUUUGAGGGGAAAGAUGGAAAACAGUAGCAACAGCAGUUGAAGUUCUGAGGUGUGCUUGUGGCUUUCAGGGGUGCGUGUCCACCUUAGCAGUGUUGGAAAGGUGGUCAGUGGGAGGAGCAGGCAAGGGCACUCACAGUCUUGGCCACACAAUCCUAUGCAGGUGAGUUCUGGUUCUGUCCAGGCUGCUGGUCUAGACCUUAGACCUGGGUUAUGAGGGCGCUGAGGCCUAGACUGACAGCUUCCGCUCAGCGAAAGUACUCCACUAGAAGCAGCACUCACCUUCUGAAAGGCCCCUAAAGCCUAGCCUGACUUUUCCCUGUUUUGAGCCAUCUGUGGUACUGUCUAAGGUGGUACUUCACUGUAGUAGUGUUAGAUCUGGAGAGUGUUGGGCCCUCAACCAUGAAGUCUCAGAAAGCCAGGGCCAUCAUCUUGGGGUAUAUGUGUUCAUUACCCAUAGAUGCUUCUGUUGACCACCCAUUGUGUAGUGUGUUCAUUUUCAAAAUGGUUCCACCCACAUCCCAUUCCAUUACCAUGACUGUGGGAAGCAGCUAGACAGGUGCUUCUUUUGAGGGAAGAGAUAAAGGGCUCAAAGAGGACACGGCCCUUACUACUAGUGCCGCGUGUUCCAAGAACUGGGAAGAGGUCAGCUGAGCCCUGGCUCUCGUGGAACAUCAGUUUAGGGAAGGAAAGAGUUUGAGGACUUGCAAAAGCUUUGUCCCACACAAAUGGAUCAGAUCAUCAAGACACAGAACUGCCUUGGCAGCUCACGCUGGCCAGCCAUUCCCCGAGUGUCUCCAACCCUCCCCCCCCUGCCCCGCCCCACGCCUCCGCAUCACUAGGCUCUCGGAGGUAGUUGGAAUGCCAGGUAACUAACUGGGUAAACGGCCUUCUCAGGCUUGCCUGGAGUAUCUUCACAGUGGAACUAGAGCUAGGUCCCAGUUUCUGUCAAAGCAGUGCUGUCCCCACAUAUAGCCAUUCCCGUUUUGUUAAAGCAGCCACCGUCCUCUUGCCCAAAUGGGUAAUGACUCCCUGAAGAGGGCAGAGACCAUGGCGCCCAUUCAGCUCCCUUCUGCGUACUUUUAUUAGAAAUAGACUAGUUAAGAAGAUUGUUUCUAUGUACUGUAUAUUUUGUACCUGUUUACACUUCUAAUAUUGAUAUAACUGAUAUUUUGAAAAACAAAUGAACAGAAAACAUCCUGUUAAAAUAAAACCUAACCAGCACCAA